AAAACCUGCGGACUCACAAAGUGCUGCUAAUCAGUGGAGGAUUGAGGAGAUGUUUGAAAGGAACUUGAUCAGCUGGUGAGCAACAAGAUCUAGACAUCAGACUUAAAUCUAUGGAACAUUAUAGUUUAUAAAGGUUUCCUGUGAUUGCUGUCAAUCACUUGCACCAUCAGAAGAACACCACUUCUACAGCUUCCUUGAUUCCCUAAACAACAACUGUAGACUCUCUAAACUUUUCUAACCCAUAACCCAAGACAGAUCUUGUGCUGACAUGGAUUGGAAGACUUUAGAAUCCCUCCUCAGUGGCGUAAAUAAAUACUCCACAGCUUUUGGACGCAUCUGGCUCACUCUGGUGUUCAUGUUCCGCGUCAUGGUGUUUGUGGUGGCUGCUGAGCGUGUGUGGGUCGAUGACCAAAAAGAAUUCGACUGUGACACCAAAAGACCUGGCUGCCCCAAUGCCUGCUACAACUACUUCUUCCCCAUUGUACACACACGGCUCUGGGCCCUACAGCUCAUCUUCAUCACCUGUCCUUCCUUCUUGGUUGUAAUGCAUGUGUGGUACCGUGAAGAUCGCGAGCGCAAAUACCAGCUCACACAUGGUGACGGGGCAAAGCUCUACGAUAACCCAGGGCAGAAACAUGGAGGUCUUUGGUGGACGUAUCUCAUUAGCCUGUUUGUCAAGACAGGUGUAGAGGUGGGAUUCCUCUACCUGCUGCAUAUUAUCUACAACAAUUUUGACAUGCCUCGCAGUGUGGUGUGUGACGUCGAACCCUGCAGACAGGUGACAUGCUACAUAGCACGGCCCACUGAGAAAAGGAUCUUCACAUACUUCAUGGUAGGGGCUUCAGCCAUCUGCAUAGUCCUGAAUAUAACAGAGAUUUUCUACUUGAUCGGCAUGCGCAUUUUGCAUCUUAACCACAAAGGAAGCCACGUCACCAAAAGCAGUACGUGUGGAGAGUCGGAAUGUGAUGAGUGUAACCUGCCUAAGAACACAAUCGACUACAAGUUAGCAUGUCCUGAGAAGGUAGAAAAACAAUCUUAAUAUGACAGACUCAAGCAAAAGAUUUUGUUUCAAUACACAACAUUGUCUUUGUUAAGAUUUGUCUCAAAAUGUUUAAAAAAAUCUAUUGUACUAAACAAUAUUUUAAAAAAAUUUAAAUGUAUACUCUAUCACCUAUAAGUGAUCAAUUAAAAUGAUAUAUUUAUAAUACUAUGUCAGUGACAACCUCUGGUGUAAAAUGUUUUUUGUAACAAUGUUCCUAAAAUCUUUUAUUUAGGGUUUUAAUGUCUACCGUGUUAAAGGUUUUAAUCGAUUUUAAGAGCAGGUAAAAAUGUAUAUGAUCUAUUUAUAAUUCUAAGAAUUUUUCCUAUAAUCCUGGAAUCAAUAUAACUUGCUUCAUUGUAGUAAUUAUUGUAUAUUUAAAGCUAAUACAUUAAUGCUUGUAGAAUACUUUGUUCUAUAAUCAUGUUUUUUCUUCUUAAAUUGAUUUAUUGUAGUUUUUGGCCUUCACUGCAACUGCUUUAUAGGCUACCAGAAGUGAUAGUAGACACUUUUUUUUGUAAGCUGCAUAAAAUAAUAAAUUCUAUAA